AUGGCCUGUGUAAUGGGCUUCCAGGAGAAUGCCAGCCAUUCCACCUCUUUGUGGGGAUCCACAGCUGUCUAUUAUUUAGUCUUGGAUGUGAAAGAAUCUGACUCUUCAGUCCUAUCCAGGAAACACUGGGAUGAUGAGCCAGCUGUUUCUAUACGUCCAUCUGAAAUCGUGAUCGGACAAUGUAAGGUAAUAGCUAUAACACGUUUGGAUGGGUCUCAGAAUCUUAGAGUGAAUGACUUUAACUGCACCACAAGUUCUGUCUCUUCAGCACUGGUCAAUACUAAAGACAGCCCAGUACUCUCCAAUUUCUUUGAGGAUAUUGAGCUCUACAGAAAACAAGCUGACAAAGCCCUGGAGAAGUACAAAAAGGAGAAUGGUGACUUGGCUUCUUUCAGAGUGGACAAAGUGAAGAGGGUUGCAAGAGUUAGAGGAGGGGAAAGAACCAAUUACUACCUGGACUUCUCUGUGAAGAACUGCUCCAGUCACCACUUUCCCAGGCACUCUCAUAUCUUUGGGUUCUGCAAAGCAGAUUUGUCCUAUGAUGUAGAAGACUCUGACUUGGAAACCCCAAAAGACAUUGUCAUAAACUGUGAAAUUUUCAAUCUUAAGGAACAUACAAACAUCAGUGGUGUGAAGCAUCGUUUGGGCCAUCCCCUCCACUCUGGUGAGCAUGAGCAGUCUCCUGAUGGCAGACCUCCAUUUAAGCCCAAUGGAUCUAGAGAUCACCAUAAUCCCCACGAGUCACAUAACUUUAGAUGCCCACCUCCUCUAGAAGACAAAAAUUACUCAGACAGCCCACCAUUUUAA